AUGUUCUCCCCAACACGUGAAGUCAGUCUGUCACCUGCGAUGCCGACAGCUAGUCCCGCAGCUUCCAUGCUGCAAAGAUCCUUUUCGCCGUCUUCGAGGGACGUUGACACAGGCUGUCUCUUCGCUCAGGCCGUCGAUGCCUUUGGCUACAUUCAGCUGGCCCGGGACUUCUCCAUCGAUUACGAGCGAUGCCAGCUGCGGCUUGACGUUGAGCGACGGCGACUUGUCAAGUGGGGUAUCGCCAUCGAUGUCCAAGGGGACCCUCGAUUCAACAAAGAAGAUGAGAAAUUCGUCAGAGGGACCAUCCAAGCAAUCAUCGACCAGUUUCAGCGCGCACAAGGCAUGUCUUCACGCUACAAGCAGAACAUCAGCCCCAAGGAGCAGAAGGCGCUGGUCAUUUUCGAGCCGGAAAGGGACUUGAGCGAGCCUGCGCGGAAGGGGCACAGGAAGUUCUCGGAGCUCUGCGGAAAUGCUAUCGCCAAGACGGGACAUGAAGUUGCCCGAAGGGCGUACUGGGCCAUCUACGACGGCAAAAGCCUCGAGACCCUCGUCACUAGUAUCCAAGACGAUAUCUCCGCUCUUGUUGAGCUUGCUCCAGCGACGCCCAAGUUCGAAACCAAGAUGGCCGAGCUAACAGCCGGGGAUGCUACGGAACUGGAUAAGCUGGGAUGCCUAAGGGAGGUGGCCCAGGCUGCUGUUGGCGUUGACAAUGAUCUGGCGGCGAUUUUGAAAGCCAAACUGCAGCCCUCUAGACAUGACCAGUACAAGCCUUGGCAAGGUUCGGGAACUUGA